CCCUGCCCUCUCCUCAGCCCAGCAACUAGAGGGGGAAGGGAGAGGGAGAAGGGAAAUUGGGGUGGAGCCAGUCCUGGAUAAAUACUCCCAGUGGCCAGUCUUGGAGUCUGAGUCUGUGCUGCUAUCACCAAAGCCAGGAGUCCGAGCCCACUCUCAGCCUCCAGGCCACAUGCAUAACCUCUCUGCCAUGUCUUGUCUACGGCCCCUCCUGCUCUUAGGACUGCUGGUUCUCUGGACCCAGAUUUCUUAUGCUCAACACUGGUCCCACGGCUGGUAUCCUGGAGGGAAGAGGGCUUUAGAUGAGAUCCCAGGCCUAGAGGCCUCUGAAGAAGGGAAGCUGUGGGAUGGUGGUGAGAGGUCCCUGCUAAAGACACUGCUGGCUGACGUUCUGGCCCAGCAACAACAGAAGUGACCAGGCCCAACACCCUUCCCUCAGGGUGUCAGCAGACACCUUGUCCUCAGCUUCUGGGGGUUCUCAACGGCCUUUCCUUGUUUGUUAUUCAUGUCUGCCCUCUCUCCCCGUAGACCCCUGGAAAACAGGUGGUUUGCCAGGUCAAACUUUGUAGCCCCAGGGCAUUGCUCGAAGUAGGUUAUUAAUAAAUGUGUUCCGUUAUCCAUAUUCUA